UCGCUUGUUCCAUGGCUACAAUACUAGGCGACGAAGAACUUGCCGACGAAGAUGAUAUCUUUAUGAACGAAUCAAUUUUGGAGUCAACGGAAGCGAUAUAUGGGGGAAAUCCCGCGACCAUCAAUCCUGCUACGAUGCUCACGAAACCACCGGAUUUCCUAACGACAGGCAAGUCCAUAUAUGGCGAUUCUGGCGACACAACCAAGGCUGGCAUGGCAUCCAAGCCGUCCCUCAUUACGGAUAGCUUAAAGUACAGCUCGGACAGCUUACCAGAUGAUGUGCCCAGCUUUCCAGAACCCAUGGAAGUAGUUCGUGCUUCAGCCGUCAGGGUGAUCAUUCCACCUCCCCCCAGAUUCCCACCUCUACCUUACUCGUCGAAUAAAACCGGCCUAGUUUACGAUGCCAAAAUGAAAUUCCAUGCAGAGUCUUCGGAUGCUAUUCUCGAAGACGGCAUACAUCCUGAAGACCCCCGGCGCAUAUCUGAGAUAUUCAAUGAAAUUCAGCAAGCUGGUUUAGUGCAAGGUGCAGACGAUCUCGAUGAAGACGCAGCCGACGAACAGUGCUGGAGAAUUUUGGCUAGGCCCGCUUCCGAAGGCGAGAUCUGUCUCAUCCACACGCCAAAACACUAUCAUUUCAUAGCGUCUUUGCAAAAUAAACAGGAGUCAGAGCUCAAGAAUAUUGCGGAUCAACAUGAUUCGAUAUACUUCCAUAACUCGACAUUCUUGAGCGCAACACUCGCAGCGGGUGGCGCGAUUGAAGCUUGCAGAGCUGUGGUUCGAGGUGACGUUCGCAACGCCAUCGCCAUCAUUCGCCCACCUGGACAUCAUGCCGAGAGUGACCAACCGUCUGGCUUCUGCAUCUUCAACAACGUCCCCAUCGCUGCCCGCGUUUGCCAGAAUGACUUCCCAGACAAGUGUCGGAAAAUCAUGAUCUUGGACUGGGAUGUCCACCACGGUAAUGGUGUCCAGCAUGCUUUCUAUGACGAUCCGAAUGUUCUAUACGUAUCUCUGCACGUAUUCAGGGGGGGUAACUUUUAUCCCAAUCUACCGGACGGAGAUCUGACCUACUGUGGGGAGGGGGCUGGAUUGGGGCGCAACGUCAAUAUACCCUGGGAAGACCACGGCAUGGGCGAUGCUGAGUACUUAUAUGCUUUUCAAGAAGUGGUCAUGCCUAUAGCAACCGAAUUCGACCCUGACCUGAUCAUCAUUUCCGCAGGUUUCGAUGCUGCUGAAGGGGACUUGCUUGGAGGCUGCCACGUCACACCAGCUUGCUAUGCACAUAUGACACAUAUGCUUAUGAGAGUAGCUGAAGGUAAGGUCGCAGUAUGUCUCGAAGGGGGCUAUAAUCUGCGGUCCAUUGCUCGGUCCGCUCUGGCGGUCACAAGAACUCUCAUGUUGCAGCCCCCUGAGCGGCUCGAGCAAGGAUUGAGCCCUAAGCCAUCUGCCGUGCAAACAGUCUCCAAAGUCAAACAGCAGCAUUCUAGGUAUUGGAAAUGUCUGUUUCCUAAGCAGCUGGACAGGACCGGACCCGCUUUAGGGGCUACCAAGCGCAUGCAUAAUGUCAUCCGAGAAUGGCAAAGCCAUGAACUAUCACAGGAACACUGCAUGAUACCAUUGAUGAUCAACAACUCCGGCUUAGCUGAAACGUUUCAGCAUGAAGUUGUAGCCACACCCGAUUUUAUGGGACGGCAUCCCCUCCUCGUCGUAUUUCACGACCCGCCUGCUGUCACGAUUCAGCCUGAUCCAGUCACCGGCCGUACCGAGUUGCAUAACAUGUGGUUGACUGAUAGUGCGAAGGACUAUAUUGAUUGGGCCGUGGAAAAUGACUUCGAAGUUAUCGAUGUGAAUAUACCAAAGGUGGUUUUCGUCGAAGAUGAUGACGGAGGGUACGUAAGCGCAAACGAUCCUGAAGUGAGGAUCCAGCAAGCUCGUGAAGUUGCAGCGUAUAUCUGGGAGAACUAUAUCGAACCUCACGAGGCGACUCAAGUAUUUUUCAUGGGAGUUGGAACAGCAUAUCUAGGUCUGGUGGACUUGCUUGGAACACACGAAAACUGUACCGAUGAUGAGAGCGUGGUAGAAUGCUUGAUCGGGUUUCUUUCCGAUACCACCCUACAAUCGAUCAAAAGGCCAACCGAUGACAAUAUUGGAAAUUGGUAUUAUGCGCACUCCCUCAUUUUUGUGGAGCACGAUCACCCUGUCUGGGAUCCUAUUCGAAACCGCAAACAACGCAGGAAGUGGGGCAAGCUUUUGCGAUCUGACAAAUCUACACUGGGAGAUAUGCUUAGCUAUCACCAGCCCGAAGUAAAGGAAUACAUUCUCAACAAGAGGAAAGAAUUCGAACAGCAAGAAAUGCGGAUCGAUCUCACCACCGAUUACGUACAAGAGGAUAUGAAAAGCCCGCCACUGCACACAAGGACACCAGGAAUGCCACCCCUCGGUUUAUUUUCCGUGAGUCCAAACCCACAUCGCGUGGCAACAGCAAGUCCUAGGCCCUAG